GAACGAAUGACAUCAUAAACGGUGAACAAGAGAGAAAGCAAACUCGAGAUUCAAUCGUUAAAAUGUCUUACGCAUAUCUUUUUAAGUACAUUAUUAUAGGAGAUACGGGAGUUGGAAAAUCAUGUCUCUUACUGCAGUUCACAGACAAACGUUUUCAACCAGUCCACGACCUCACAAUAGGUGUUGAAUUCGGUGCGAGAAUGAUUACUAUCGAUGGCAAACAAAUAAAAUUGCAAAUCUGGGAUACGGCUGGUCAAGAAUCUUUCCGGUCCAUCACACGUUCAUACUACCGGGGAGCAGCAGGGGCUUUGUUAGUCUACGACAUCACACGGAGGGAUACGUUUAAUCAUCUGACAACAUGGUUGGAAGAUGCUCGGCAGCAUUCAAGUUCAAACAUGGUUAUCAUGUUGAUUGGAAACAAAAGUGAUCUUGAAGCUCGCCGAGAUGUCAGAAAAGAAGAGGGUGAAGCAUUUGCUCGCGAACAUGGUCUAAUUUUCAUGGAGACCUCUGCAAAGACUGCAGCAAAUGUAGAAGAGGCUUUCAUUAACACAGCUAAGGAAAUCUACCAAAAAAUCCAAGAGGGUGUUUUUGAUAUCAACAAUGAGGCAAAUGGAAUCAAGAUUGGCCCUCAGCAUUCACCAUCUAAUCCCUCUGUGCCCUUGGGAGGUGGCCGUGCUCAAGACAGUGGUGGCUGCUGUUAAAGAAAUGUUACACAAGGCUCUGAAUGAACUGUUCAAUUUAUUUUCCAUAGAUCUUAAACAAAAUUCUUCAAAUUGAAUUGCUUGGUUCAGUUUCAAGGAGAUGAGUAAACUUGAUUGAUAGUUAGUACAACUGCAAGUGGAGGCCUGAUACCAGUAAUGUUGUGGAAUGGUUAAGUGAUGAAUUUUAUGUAAGGUGGGGUGGAGAGCUCGCUGGGUGUGGCUUUCUCAAGUCUACCCAUUGGGCCUUCCCAAAACAUAACUUCUUUUACCAGCUCCUUGUUUAAUUUUUCUUGGUGUGUUCAUCAACCUUUAGGGAAGGGCAAAAUUUCUUGCAAAUAUAUUGGCGGAAGAAACUUGAGUUGUUUUUAAGGUUUAAGCAUGCCUUUCUUCUUGGGAAUAUUGAAAUUCAGUUUAGGUUAAAUCAUUCUUUAGUUUUUCUUGUCUUUAUUAUCCACUUCAAAAUUUCCUUUCAAAUAUCUUUUCAGAAUGAAAAUUAUUGUUCAAUCUCUCAAUUGAGAAGCAUACAGAUAUGUAAUGUUAGUUGUACAAUAAGUUCUUGCAUUUUUUUUUUGUUUGAAAUUCUAGCAUGUAUUGAUUUUCAGUACUUUUGUUUUUUGUAAUCAGAUAAGUUUGUAAAUUCUAGUGUCACAAUCUUAGGCAGACUCCUGGAGGGAAGUUUAAAGAAUUAAUACUAAGAUUGUUAACUUUUUUCCUGUUGCACUUAAAGAAAAAUAAGUAACAAGAGGCUGGUAACAGAACAUUACAGGAGGUUCUGCUAGAGAAGACAAGGGCUAGUUGUUUGAUUAUUAGGAUGCAAGAGAUUUUAACUAAACGCACUGUUGUUAUUUUUGAAUUUGUCCAUUCUCAUCAGUGUAUAUCAUCUGCCUUGCUGUAGGUUAUUUUCUACAAUAAUGUCUUUGUCAACUCAAGAAUUGUUUCCUUCUUUACCUUUUGAAUAUCAACCCAUUGUAUUAUACUGAGGAGUACUUGACAACAAUGUUAAUUAAAGAAACUUAGUUGUCAUCAACUGACGUAUCUUAAGGGUGGCAAUCUAUUUUAUCUGAGAAUUAAGUCAAGGUUCUUAUAUACAGUAGUGUCCAAGUUCAGUGUGAGGCAACUUUUUUUUGCCAUUACAUUUAAGUUUACAUCUCCCUCUCUAACAAUAAGAUUGUCCUAGAACAUAUUAAUGUUAUGUUUUAUCUGCAAUAAAGAAUAUCUAACCAAGUUUGA